UAGGCAGAGUAAAGCUGAAGCUGAAGCUUCUGUCCCACCCUAAAGCAAAGGGAGGAGAAGUUCAACUGCAUUCCUACUGUCAACAAUCCUGCUGCUGCUGUUACCGCUAACAGUGACCGGGUUUAGGUUUAGGAGAAAAACUGCACAGUUCUGUAUUAGUAAGUUACAGGUAGAUGUUUAGAGUGCAAGCUCAGUGUGGAGUGUGUUGGAGUUCGUCUGCUUCCAUGUUUGUUUUCACAAAACAGUAGGAAGGUGGAGCUGUUUGUGAUCAGAUAAAACAGGAGCAGACAUCCAAGAGGAGUGUCAAGUGAAAGCAGCGUUCCACAAGUAGGUCAGGAUGACUUCUCCAAAGCAGCAGCAGGACAGCGUCUCCAGCUUGGCAGAGGCGAUAUCCCCCGAGUCUUGGUCCAAAGUUGGCUGUCCAUGUUGCGUGUCGCCUGAAGUCGAGCCUCUGGUUCUGAUUCAACUGGCCGAGAACACGGAGUCCAACACCAAGCAGUGGAUCAUGUCCAUGAUCUCAGCACCUAAUACUGCAGGAGGGGCACACCUACUUGUACACCCCGGCGAAGAUGCCAGCUGGAGUCGAAUCGUGGUUGCGGCACCUCGCUGUACCUUACUCAGGGCCACAGAAGACCUGGGACUCUGCAAAGCUGACAAAGAGGGAAAUAUGAUCUUGUUUUCCUUUCAUGAUCAGGACAACUUCAGUAACAUCAAUGACAUGAAGAAGUUCCUGACUCUGGCUGAGAGACAGUACAUCGUCCAACACCAGCUGGAGUCCAUGAGGGCAGUGAAAGACCAGCGCAUCCCCGGAAUACAUGGAGACAAAGGCAUCCUGAGAUGUAGACAGAACAUAUUUCAGAAGCUGCAGAAAACAGGUGUGAUUCAGGAUGUUUUCCCCUUGUGCGAUGAGAAGAAGCUAGAUGCUCUUAGCAAAGACUGGUAUCUACAGAAGCGUUUGUGGGGACAGCCUUUAGACACCGUUCAUGCUUACUUCGGCAGCUCCAUUGCUUUCUACUUCAGCUUCUUAGACUUUUACACAUGGGCACUGAUACCUCCAGCAUUUCUGGGACUCUUCAUAAUCUUCUUUCUUCCUGGAGCUCCGCCCACUGAUGAACCUAUAGCACAUAAUUCAACCCCUGGUCCGGGAUCCUUGGAUGCUGAUGACGGCCGUCUGCCUGUGAGCGCGUACAUGGUGCAGGCUGUGUUCAGCAUGAUCUGGUCAACCGUGUUCAUGGAGUUAUGGAAGAGACGAAGCGCUGCGCUGUCAUACUCUUGGGGCACACUGACACUAACUGAGCAGUUUCAGGAACCGCGGCCUGGUUUCCAGGGUGAGGUGGGAAUCAAUCCCGUGACGGGUAGAACAGAGCCACUCUUCCCUGAGUCAAAGAGGCAGAUGCGGGUGGGCCUGGUCUCUGUGCCCGUAGUGCUACUUUUCCUUGGACUCGUUGUCCUCGGCAUGAUGGGAUUUUAUUACAUCGAAAACAUCAUGGCUUCAAUUCACAAAGCUUCUGGAUCCCUUAUUACAGCCACGUUGUCCUACCUGCCCUCCAUCAUCCACAUUGUCUACACCAACAUGCUGGGGAAUGCCUACCGCACAGUUGCCCUGCAGCUCACUGAGUGGGAGAACCACAGAGAAGAAUCAGCUUUUCAGUAUCAUCACACCACUAAAGUUCUGGUGUUCACCUUUUUUAACAACUUUGCUGUGCUGUUUCACAUUGCCAUCUUCAAACAGGACCUCUUCCUUCUACACAAGAGGCUGUCGUCGUUGCUGAUCUUGUCCCAAGCAGUAAACCAGUUCACAGAGGUGGUGGUGCCAUUUAUUGUAGAUCGUUUCUACGGUUCUUCACACAAAGAGCUGAAGGAGGACGACCCGGCCGCUGAUCACAUGCAGGCUGAAGGCAGUCUGCCCCCGUUUCCUGGUCUGUUUCUGGAGUACAUUGAGCUGCUGGUGCAGUUUGGUUACCUGAGUCUGUUCUCCUGUGUGUAUCCACUCACGGCUGUGCUUCUACUAAUUAACAACAUCACAGAGAUCCGCGGCGACGCCUACAAGAUCUGCCGCCUCUUCCGAAAGCCAUUUUCUCCACCCGAGUCCGGCAUUGGCGUGUGGCAGACAGCAUUCGAGGUUCUGUCAUUUCUCUCAGUCAUAUCGAACUGUUGGCUGCUGUUUUUAGCUCCACGGAUUAAAGCGUUCACUCAGGAUGCUGGACUAAGCCCGAGCCUUGUGCUGGUAUUCUUCAUCAUGGUGGAGCACAUUCUGAUUAUAGUGAAAAUGAUUCUAGCCUUUAUUAUUCCUGACGAACCAGACUGGGUCAGAAUCAAGAAGGAAAAGAUCGAAUAUUGCAGCAUGCUGGCCCUCAAAGAGCAGAAAGUGAGGCAAUCCCAGCCCGAUGCUCUGCCUCGCUCAUAACCCCGAGAUGGCGGAAAGCAGACGCAGAGGUGUGGCGUCGACCAUCUAGUUCACUACACCGUGGUUUCUUUAACGAUUUAAAGUGGUUUGCUGUUGCGCCGUGAGGUAUUGAGGUGCCAAACGGUGCCUCGUGGGAAAUAAAGGACUGCUGUAGUAUAGAAUAAAGGUUUUUUAAAGGAACGUGGUAUAUAAAAUCCAGAGCAGGACAUAGACGUUAGUGAGCUAAAAGGCCGAUUUGAAGGCAUGAUCUAAAGUUAAUCAGCUAGCUCACUAACCCGUAGGUCUGUGCGCAGAGCAUGCAUUAAAUAUGCCUGGGUGGGGUGUUUUAUAUAUUUAAAAAUAUAUCUUGUAUUACAAAAUGGCACAUAUGUAAGGCAUCACGGUGGCGACACUAAACGGCAGACAAAUCACAUUAUGAAGUACGUUCAUAAAUAUAUCAUACGUUGCGUCUCAAGUCACAUCCUACGAAAGUCUUUAGUGUUCUUUAGCAUAUAGAAUAUCCUUUAAAAUGAGCGGUUUGUUAAAUGACAUCAAAUUGCAGGUGAUGUUCAUAAAAACAGCCUGAAACUUUCAUUUAUCCGCAUCAUUUAGAACAAAACAGCCCCUGCAGAUCUGUUUUGUGCUACAUGAUAAGAUAGGUUCAUGUAAAAUACAUGCAUUACUUUUCAUUUCUUUUUUCAGUAAUAAUACAGUGCUACCCCGCUUAUCGACCUUAACGUGUUCCUUAAAACCGGUCGAAAUGCGAGAAGGUCGAAGAGCGAAUGUAAUUAUCCCAUAAGAAGUAAUGAAGAUAAUAAAUAAUAAACAAAGUAAUGUAAAAUAAAAAAAUAAAUAAAGAAUAAUAAAGAAAUACAAUAUACACGCACUAAAUUGUUAUAUUGACCGCUAAAUAACUAAUAUUGUUCACAAACCGAAGUUUCAUUUACGAUAGACGCUCUCUCCACAAAGGCUGAGGUGAGACUGGGAAGAUCCCUCCCCUCGCACUACGUGGGUCGAGGUCGAUAAGCGGGGAUUUGGUCGUUCAGCGUGCGCAAAUUUCGGUCGAAAAACUGUUCGCUAAGCAAAAAGGUCGAAUUCCGAGCCGGUCAAUGAGCGGGGUACCACUGUACAAUUUCAGAAUUUGACCAGAUUUAAUGCACUAAUUUUUUUGCAUGCAGGCUACGUUUACACUUGGCAUUAAAAUACGAUCCCUGUAAUAAUGCGUCUCGGAUCGUCAGCCAAUCAGGACAUGGCACAUUUUCAUUCGUCAACAUCACGUGGCUUCGAUAUCUGGAUAUCUGAUCAGAUCUGUCUUUCCCACACAAUAUUUAAAUAAGUCUGCAGAUCAAAGAUUGCUCUGCAAAACUGACCUGAAGUGGUGGAGUUUCUUUGAAAACAUUUCAGUCGCGAGAGAUUUUACAAAUUUUAUGAAUUGAGAAGGAGGAGGUUUUACUAAACCUUACUAAAGUCUCACGCUAACGUCCGGAUCUGGGAUCGUUGCCGGCCGUGGUGGGAAAAGUGUACCUACUUUACAGGAAUGAACAGUUCUGGAACUUUCUGGUACAUUAUAACGUUAUAUUUGCUAUUAAGCUACAAGCAUGUGCUUAAGCAUAUUGUCAGCUACUGAUUUAUUUCUGUUGCUACUUGGAAGCAUACAGUAGCUUGAAUGCUCACAUCGCUCCACAAAGAUAUAAAUGUGCGAGUCUCACAUCCGCUCCACGUCCCGGUGUCCGUUAUCUUUCUGACAGUUCGGGAUAGAGGAUGGGAAUAAAAAAAAGCGUACAGGGUUUGUGUGAUGUCGAGCUGUGAACGCAGACACGACGGCUGGAUUGCGUUUACAUCAUACAAAGAUCCGAUCACAAUGCGUUCGACUACCUCGGAUCAGGACACGUCGGACAUGUGCGCUCGUCUUGUCGAUGCGUAUGCGGACGACAUCCAGAACACUCGGGUCGUGUUUUAAUACCAAGUGUAAACUCAGCCAUAGUUAGUCUAGAACAGUACAUACUGUAAACGUGAUUUGAGACACAACGCAUAUUUUGCACUUCAGCCUUUUUGCACCUUCAUCAUCUCGCAGCCAAAGAUUUUAGCUUGCAGCGAUAUUUACCAAUAUAAGGUGUGUAGUUUCCAGUUGAUGCCUUUCUGAACUUAUCCAGCCAGAUCUGAGUGAUGCUUUACUGUCCAGCUAAAAGAACCAAAGAGUGAGCAGAAUACUCACCAACAUGUUGUGCACUUACUGUUUAUGAUGAAAAAAAAAAAGAUACACAGACAUUCAUUUGUUUACUCGGUUUUAAUAAAUAAAUACAAAAAUAAAUUAA